AUGUCAUCAGUUGCUUUUCACAGAAAGACAUUUCCUUGUCUGUCCUCAGGAAGUGCCCUCAGCCCAGACCAGCAGGGACCCCUGCAGAGGCAUGGGGUCAAGUAUUGCCCAGAGAGCUUUAUUGACUACACCAUCCACUCUCUCCUGAAUGAAGUGAGCAAGGAGGACCUGCAACUUCUGUUAAGUGGAGAUGAAGAGUGGGAGCAGUUUGUGGCUGAUGCUGAGUUAACCAGAGAUGAGGCAAAGGCACUUCGUGAAAGCUUGAAGAAACAGGGAACACUCACAGACGCAGACAUCAAAGAGAUGCACCAACAAGAAAAAGAGUUCAGGGAGAGGUUUUUGAAUUUAUAUCCUCAGGUAAAGAGUGAUGUUGGGAAGUACGUAAAACAGCUCCGCCUACUUGCAGAGAAGGCUGACCGGGCCCGUAAGAAGCGUGCCACUGCUUACAUGGUGGUUAAGUACUCUGGCGUGGCAUCCAACCUCCUGAAUUUCCUGGGCAUGAUUCUGUCUCCUUUUACAGCAGUGCCCAGCUUAACACUGACAGGAGCUGGUUUGGUGCUGGGAUGUGUGGGGGUUGUCACAACUGUGAUCAGUAAGAACCAGGAGCGCAAAUAUGUACUGCCCAUAGAAGCUGAGGCCAAGAACUUGGAAUCAACUGGAGUCAACUUAGGCCUGCUCUGGGAAGUUCUAGGUGAUAGCAAAGAAAGAAUCUCUUCUUUAGUAAAUUGUUACAAGGUUGUGAGACGCAUUGCAACACAUGUGUGGACCAUGAAGUUGGCCAGUCUCAGCCCGGAAGCAGCAGCUCAAAUGUCUAGUCUGAACAGCAAAGUGCUUGGGGCCACUACGAAGACCAUGACCAAGGAAGCCAGUGUCAUUGGUGGGGCCUUCAGAGGUUUAGCAAUCCUGAUGGAUAUAUGCAGUCUUGAGCAAGACUCAAAGGAAUUACAGGAGCGGGCUAAGACAGAGUCUGCUGAGUACAAGAAAGAGCUUAAUAAAGAAAGACAAGGUAAUAACAGAUCCAGGAAUAAAGCAGAGAAGGGGAUGGACAGCAAGGGGAGUGGGGAGUAA